AUGCCAUCCCAAACCUUACAGCUACCAGUGCCACUCCUUUCACCCAUAAUGAGGCCUGUUUCUGUAGAAGACCUCAUAGACUCUUCGAGCCAGUCGUCACUUGUAAAGCCGAGAUUCUUGACCAAGAAAGAGAGAAAAAAGUUGGCCUUAGAGAAGAAACACAAUGAAAAGAUAGAGCUAGUGAACAGGCUUCAUCUGAGACACGAGACAGUGAAGAGAAUACAAGUACCCGAUCCUGAGGAUGAGCUAGAAGGACAACUGAAGAAACCAAAGUUUGUAUCUGGUUCUUCGCAUAGUGCUAAGACUGUUGGUAAGGCCAAAUUCAAUUUUGAAUGGAAACUUGAAGAUGAUACUUCCAGUCAAUACGAACCAUUAGUAACGUACGAAGACGACAGUAAUAAUUUGGAUGUCAAAACAGCCAUUAGUGAUUCACAUUGGUCUGACAAGCCGCUAGAACAGAUGACUGCUCGAGACUGGAGAAUAUUUAGAGAAGAUUAUAAUAUUUCAUCCAAAGGUUCAGACAUAGCGAACCCACUCAGAACAUGGAAAGAGUCUUCCAUACCUUCGCAAUUGAUAAAGUUGAUGAUUGAAUCUUUCGGUUACGAAAAUCCUACUCCAAUUCAACGUACUACCAUACCCUUGGCACUUUCUCAAAGGGAUGUUGUAGGUAUUGCAGAAACCGGUUCAGGGAAAACAUUGGCGUUUUUAGUUCCCUUAUUGUCGUACUUACUAUCGAUUGACUCCAAUUACAUGGAGUUGGACCACAAGAAGGAAGUUAAUUCAAACAAACCAUUGGGAUUGAUAUUGGCCCCGACAAGAGAAUUGGCACUUCAGAUAACCAAAGAAGCAUCCAAAUUUGGAGAAAAGUUGGGCUUUAACGUGGUGACAAUAAUUGGGGGGCAUCAGUAUGAAGAGACCAUACAUUCGUUAAGGAAUGGUGUUCAUAUCGUCGUAGCCACACCUGGUAGACUUAUUGAUUCUGUGGAAAGAGGACUCAUUAACUUAUCCCGGUGCCAUUACUUGAUAAUGGAUGAGGCUGACAAAAUGAUAGAUAUGGGAUUCGAAAAGUCUUUGCAAUCCAUAAUGUCUUUCUUGCCUGCUGCUAACGAAGUUGUUGAAAGAGAAAUUUACAAAAUUAAGAGAAGGGUCACAUUAAUGUUUACUGCUACAAUGUCGGCACCUAUAGAGAAAAUUACGAAGAACUACUUGUCUAAUCCUGCUUAUUUAUAUAUUGGGAAUGUUGGUGAAGCUAUUGACAAUAUUGACCAGAAAUUUGAAUAUAUAAACUCUCCCAAUGACUCUGCUGCAAACUUGAAUUCAGCUGAAGAAUUAGAUCCUACCAAAACUUCCAAAUUGAUAUCUUUUAUUAAAUCCCAUGCUCAUCAAGAGUCCAAUAGCUAUUCCAUCAUCAUAUUCGCCAAUUACAAAAAAAUAUGUGAAUUGCUAUCAGCAUUUUUGGAACAACAUGGGUUUAAUAAAAGUGUAGUGAUUCAUGGGUCCAAAUCUCAAGAGUUCAGAGAGAGAGCCAUCGACAAUUUCAGAAGCAAAAAAGCUAACAUCCUCAUAGCGACAGACAUUGCAGCUAGAGGUAUCGAUGUGCCAAACGUGUCACUUGUUAUCAACUACCAAAUGUCCAGGAAAUUUGAUGAAUAUAUACAUCGUAUCGGUAGAACUGGAAGAGCUGGUAACAAAGGUACCAGUUACACUAUCAUGGAUGAUUCAGACCUGGAAGUAUUCCCAGAAUUGAAAAAAUUCUUGGCCAAGGGUCACAAAAAGUGCCCAAAUUGGUUACUUCAACAUGAAUCAACCAGAAUCCAACUCUUGCAAGAAUAA